AUGGCACCUUUCUUGCUUAUCAUCUUUGCUAGCUUUCACUGGCUGGCCUUUGCAAAAUGUGACUCUGCGGAUCUUGCGAGAUGGAGUCCUAACCCGGGCGAGACAUUUGACAGCAUCCUUCGCCCGCUCGGGAUCGAAGCAUCUCUAUUCCGGGAUCUUAAUGAGAUAACAGAUGGGAUCAAUCGAAUCGAUUACAUGUCUACCUACUGCGUUCCAUACAUAUCAUCGCUCUCAACGAAUUAUUACACUACCUCUGGAUCCCGUUUCUUUUCCCUACCGACUGCCCUGUACGGGGCAAUCUCAACUGAUGCGAGUCACCCGCAAUCCUUGUCCUCGGUGAAGACGUCAAUGAUGGCGAUUCAAACCGUUAGUGCUCCCAGUGACACAGAGCAAGCAAGCAAGCCCCAUGCCACAGAUGUCUCGGAAACACCCGGUCCUACGUUAACAAUUACGACGAGCAAACCGUCAAAUACCGAAGCUGGAGCUACUCUGCAACCGGCCAAACGGAGGUGCUGUGCGCAGAAAGUUCGAGAUUCAGACAUUACCGAAGACUUCCAUGCACAAGCCAAAGACUUCUGCGAUAAGCACGGUAUCUUGAACUACUAUUCUGCGCCAACGCCUAAGAGUAGUACCGGAGAUAUAGAAACCAAUGUCGCAGGGGAGGAUUUUGUCUUCUCCAUUAGCUGGCUUACUCAAUGCGUCGAUUAUCAGGUGCAAAACGGACUUCAGCCCACCAUUUUCGAUAAAGACGUCACCUGUGAGUCGUUGAUGAUGAAGAAUAUAAAGGAGUGCGGGAGCAGGACAUCAAAUGGAGGUUAUGUCGAUGUUGGCUGCCUAAGAUUCUCAUCUAGAGCCAAGGGGUGGGCUCUGGACGGUGUAUAA